UCCGGGCGGCGGCGGCGGCAUGUUUACGGCGGGGGCCGAGGGUCUGCUGCACCAGGCCAGAGGGAUCCAGGAUGAGGAGCUGCAGAAAUUUUGUUCCCGGGUCGUUAAGCUGCUGCAGAAGGAGGAACUGGGUCCCGACGCUGUAGAUGCCUUGCAGAGGCUCUUCCUCAUCGUCUCAGCCACGAAAUACAAGAGGAAGCUGGAGAAGACCUGCGUGGACCUGCUACAGACCACACUCUGCGCGCCCAAGUGCCCCGAGCAGCUCCAGCUUCUCUGCACUGCCAUCCUGAGAGAGAGGUCACCCUCUGAUGACCUGAACCUGUCCUGUGACCACGUCCAGAACAGCCGGCAGCUGAGCCUGGUGGCCUCUGUGCUCUUGGCCCAGGGUGACAAAAAGGAAGAGGUCAGAAGCGUGGGCCAGCGCGCCUUCAGAGUCCUUGAGAGCCGGCAGCCCGAGGGGCCCAGUCUGAGGCACCUGCUCCCAGUUGUGUCCAAGGUCACCCACCUGGCCCCGCACACCCUCCAUGAAGACCAGACCAACCUGCUUAGCAAGAGGCUGGUGGACUGGCUUCGCUAUGCGAGCGUCCAGCAAGGGGUCCCACACACUUCUGGAGGCUUCUUCUCUGCACCCAGAGCCCGGCAGCCAGGCCCUGUCACCGAGGUAGAUGGAGCGGUGGCCACAGAUUUCUUCACUGUGCUGUCCACGGGCCAGCACUUCACAGAGGACCAGUGGCUGAACGUGCAGGCCUUCUCCAUGCUCCGGGCAUGGCUGCUACACAGCAGCCCCCGGGGCCCCAGCAGCCCCGACACAGACGACAAGUCGGAGCUGGAGGGCUCCACCCUGUCUGUGCUGUCGGCCACCUCCACCGCCAGCCACCUGCUGCCGCCCCAGGAGCGGCUGAGGGAGAAGGCCUUCGAGUACUGCCAGCGCCUCAUCGAGCAGAGCACACGGCGAGCCCUGCGGAAGGCGGACUCGGACCUGCAGAAAGCCUGCCUGGUGGAGGCUGUGCUGCUGCUGGACGUGCUCUGUCGGCAGGACCCGUCCUUCCUGUACCGCACACUGUCCUGCCUGAAGGCCCUGCACGCGCGGCUGUGCGGGGACCCGGCCCGGGUGCGGGCGCUGCUGCCCAUCGCGCAGUUCUUCCUGAACCAUGGGGAGGCGGCCGCCGUGGACUCAGAAGCCAUCCUCCAACACCUGUUCACCAGGAUCCCCUGCGAGCUCUUCCACAGCCCCAUGCUGGCUUUCGAGUUUGUCUGCUUCUGCAGGGACAGCCUUCCGGUGUUUGGCAGGAACCUUGACAUUCUCAGACGGAGCUUCCCCAACCUCUUCAAGCUCCUGGCCUGGAACAGCCCAGCCCUCACCUCGGAGUUCGUGGCACUCUUGCCAUCACUGGUGGACUCGGGCACGGCCGUGGAAAUGCUCCAUGCGCUGCUGGACCUGCCCUGUCUCACUGCGGCCUUGGACCUGCAGCUCAGGCUGUCACCAGCUGCAGCCGAAAGACCGCUGUGGGAUGUCUCCCUCAGGAACCCUAGCUGCCUGGAGGCCUCCCGGGACCCACAGUUCCAGGGUCUCCUCCAGCACCUGCUGCGUGCCACGGCCAGUGGAACCACGGAGAGGUUGGCGCCGCUCCACCAGCUGCUGCAGCCCCUGGCCAGCCUCACCCGGGUGGUGCAGUGCGCCGAGGCCGUGCCCACCCUGCUCCAGGCCUUCUUCUCAGCUGUGACCCAGUUUGCUGAUGGGGCCUUGAGCAACCAGCUGGCACUGCUGCUCCUGGAGAGAAGCGACUCCCUUUACCAGGUCCCCCAGUAUGAGGCCCAUGUGCACAGGGUGCUGAGCUCACAGUUCCUGGUCCUGUGUGCGCGGCACCCAUCACUGGUGGUCGAGCUGGCUAAGGAGCUGCUGGAGUUCGUGGGGAGUGUGAGCAGCGUCCACAGCAGAGAGGCCAUGCUCACGGCUGUGGUGUGGGCUGUCGGCGAGUAUCUGUCCGUGUCCUGGGACCGUCGGUGUACCGUGGAGCAGAUCAACCGAUUCUUUGAGGCCCUUGAGGCCCUGCUCUUCGAAGUCACCCAGUCCCGCCCAUCUGCCACCCUUCCCAAGUGCCCCCCACGGGUCAUCACGGUGCUCAUGACCACACUGACCAAGCUGGCCUCCCGGAGCCAAGACCUGAUUCCCAGGGUCUCUCUGUUCCUGUCAAAGAUGAGGAGCCUGGCCCAGAACCCAGCCCCGAGCUCCGACCGCUGUGGGGAGGACGCGGGGGCUGUCUGCACACGGGCCGCCGAGCUGCUCACCCUGCUGAAAAUGCCCAGCGUGGCCCAGUUCGUGCUCACGCCCAGUGCUGAGGUGUCAGAGCCUCGCUACCACCGUGACACCAACACGGCUCUGCCCCUGGCCCUGCGCACCGUCAGUCGCCUGGUGGAGAAGGAGGCAGGCCUCCUGCUGGGGUGAAGGGAUGAAGACCCAGUGGAGGCUGGCUGGGCUGCAGAUAAGAGCCCUGUAUUAGGGCCAGACUGCGGCUUCCAGAACCAGAGGGCCCUGUCAGGAGGGGUGUGAGACCCAGGGAGGAGCUUGGGGUGGGUCUCAGGGCUGUCCCAUGCACACCUUCCUCUGGUUGUGUUUCUCGUGCACUGAGCUGUGCUGAAACAGGUCUGACUCAAGCUCUCACUCCAUUUGGGGCUAGAUGGGGGCUGCUUGGUCUGUUUCUGGCUGCUCCUUGUUUGGGGGCAAGAAGAGAUCCAGCUACAAUAAAGGUCUUUUAGAAAGUC